CUCUGUUUCAGCGCGUGCAGGUCGAGCCUAAACCUGUUUCUCCGAGAUUCUAAGGUUUCAUCGCAUCGUUCAUUAGGACGCAACACUUCAGUCAGGACUGCAAAGCUUGGACUGGAGAGGGAUGGUGAAAGUCUUCUGUGAAGUGAAGAAAUUAGUUGAAUGACCACAAUGGAUUCCAGACAGCCACGUCUUCCACCACGCAGACCAACUCUGAUUCAAAGAGGUUCUCCAAAAAGAUUCUGUCUAAGUACAGAGAGAAACGUGCUUGAUGAAUAUGGGAAAGUCAGAAAAUGGACUUAUGGUGUAAAAGACACUAGUAAACAAAACAAAAUUGUUCUGCUGGUGGGAGAAACUGGUGCUGGCAAGACGACUCUCAUCAACACCAUGGUCAACUACAUACUGGAUGUGAAGUUUGAGGAUGAAAUAUGGUAUGAAAUCACAGAAGAAGAAGCCAGAGACCAAUCAGAAUCACAAACCUCUGAAAUCACCAUGUAUGAGGUCUCUUCUGUAAAGAAUCAUGUAUCUCUCACCGUCAUUGAUACUCCAGGCUAUGGAGACACUAGAGGGCUAGAAAAAGAUAUGCAAGUUGCGGAGAAUUUGGCCGUUCUGUUUCAGAGCAAUGAUGGAGUUCGUGAAAUUGAUGCCGUGUGUUUUGUGAUUCAGGCAUCUAAGAAUCGUCUUUCAGACAGACAGCAUUACAUUAUCAGUUCAGUACUGUCUUUGUUUGGAAAAGACAUUGUGAACAACAUUAUGUUUUUAAUAACACAUGCUGAUGGUAUGGAACCCAAAAAUGUAAUUGGUGCAAUUAAUAAAGCUAGAAUCCCCUGCAGACGAGACAAAAGUGGCCAACCUGUUUAUUUCUUAUUCAACAAUCGACAAGCUGAUGCCCGUCACACCGAGAGACGUUACAGUCGUGCUCAAAGAGGAGCUUGGGAAGACAGCAUGGAUGAUAUGAAGCACUUCCUUCAGUCUCUGGACAAAAAGAACAGAAGAAGUUUAGAGUUGACCUCAAAUGUCUUGAUUGAGCGAAUUCGAUUUGAAGCAUACAUCUGCAACUUACAGUUGCAAAUUCAAGAGAUGGAGAUGAAAAAGGCUGAAAAAGUUCAGAUUCAAGAGGCAAUGAUGCAAAACAAGGAAAAGAUUGAAGAAUGUAAAAACUUUACCUUUAAAUUAAAAAAGACGGUGAAAUUGAAGGUGCCCACUGAAAGUGCAUCAUGGAAGAAUAGGAAGGCGACGACCUGCACCUUCUGUGAGGAGAACUGCCAUGAGUUUGGCUGCUGGUGGGCUUCUGAUCCCAGCAAAUGUGAAGUCAUGAAAAACGGCUUCUGCACUGUGUGCACAGGGAAGUGUCAUCACAGCCAACAUGUAAAAAAACCCCAUAAAUACAUCAUCAAAAACUCCAGCAUAAAAGUAGAAUUUGACAACUUCUUGAAGAAUUUUGAAAAAGCUGAAAAGAAUUCCAAGACGUUUUCAGUUAUAAAGGAAAGACUUGACAAAGAUCUGCUUGAGAUUGAGGACCAGAUUUCUGUUCUUCUGUUCAAUGCUUACAGGACCAUCAAGCAUCUGUCUCAGAUUGCAUUAAAACCAGACUCUGCUUUCACUCUUAAACAUCUCAACUUCUUCAUCCCCAGAGUGAAGGAGGCUGGGAAAGAAAACUGGGUACAAGAGCUGGAGGAAAUGAGGACGAACGCUGUAGCUGAAGAAUCCAAUAAAGAUGCUCUGAGUUAUCUUCAACAAGGUCUGGAAAAUCUUUCAGUCUGCAAUGAAAAAGUGCAGACGGGACAGCUGAUGAAUCAAUAACAAUUAAGAAAAGUCUUCACAAUGAGAAAGAAAUGCAGGUUACUCUCUGUAGAUCUGAAGAUAACGUUCAUUUAACUAAUGUCAAGUUCAUUUUACUAAUGUCAAGUUCAUUUUCAUCCCUGUUUUUAGUGUUUAUGGCUUUUGACAUUUUAAUCUCCUGUUCUUUCAUGUACUGUGAUUACACUGUAGACUGUGAUGAGUGGGGACCGGUGGAGUGAAAGUGAUGGGCGACACCUGCGCCACUCACUGCUUUUUUUCUGUAUUUGAUUUUUUUGUUUUAAAUGCAAUCAGUUGAAAUCAUUUUAUGUUUUAUUUCUUUUUUAUUGCUAUUUCCCUCAGAUUGACUGUCUGUCUCUGUCUCUGUAUAGUGCUUAUCUUAAACUCUUGUUAAAUAAAACUGUUCUAUCACAAAAGUUUUACGUUCUUUUGAGUUCACUAACACUACAUUUUCGUUCCACUAAGAAAUUGUGUUGUCCAGUAAAAUUUGUGUUCCUUCACAAAAAGUUUUGUUCAUCCAAUAUAUUUUGUGUUCAAGUCAA